CCUCCCCCCUUCCAUCUCCUCCUCCUCAACCUCGGAGAGCGUGACACCAACAUGGAGCCUGAGGACCUGCCUUGGCCUGGCGAGCUCGAGGAGGAGGAGGAGGAGGCGGGAGAGGAGGAGGAGGAGGUACAGGAGGAGGUGGUACAGGAGGAGAAGGAAGAGGUGGAGAAGCCAGAGAACUUGGAUGAGGAUGAAGUGGUAACGGUGGAGGACGAAGAAGUAGAGGAAAGGCGGGAACUGGACGCGGACUUUAACUAUGAGAGCCAGCCUCUGGAAAGUACCGACGACGACGAGGAGGAUGAGGAGGCCAAAGCCUGGCUGCAGGCGCACCCCGGCGGGACCUUGCGUCCAACGUCGCUGCCCAAGCACCGCUACUCCGAGAUCCAGCCAGCCGGCCGGGAUAAGGUUGUUCCAUUGACCAGUCAUGUAUGGCAGCAGUCAUAUCAAGACAAGAACAGAACACCUAUUUCUGAUUCCAGUGUGGUCUCUUUGGAAGAAACAGCUCAGUGGGACUCUGAGGAUGAUCAGAAAACAGAAUCUUGGCAUUUUCUUCCUCAAGAAAUCGACUCUUCCCACACCUCGGAUACAACCCACACCAGGUUUAAAGUGAGAGAGGAAGGGACAGAAAUGACAGACUUCCCCUCUGUGGAGGAAGGUAUAUUGACCCAAUCAGAAAAUCAAGUAAAGGAACCCAAGAGAGAUCUCUUUUGUUCUUCAUUGCUAGUCAUACAGGACAGCUUUGCUUCUCCUGAUUUGCCUUUGCUGACAUGUUUGACACAAGACCAAGAGUUUGGACUUGAUUCCUUAUUUCACCAAAGUGAACUAGAUUUUGCGCCUCUGAGGGUGAUUCCUGGUAAGUCUGAAGACACAGAAUGGUUUUCUCGACCGUCGGAAGUUAGUGAGGCUUUGUUGCAGGCAGCCUCAGAAGUAGCUUCAGACAUAGUUAAUAGUCACUUUAGUGUAUCUCAGCACACACUUAUAGGGAAUACAGCUCUUGAAUCUCAGGGCUCUAUUUUAUAUCCUGAACAAGGAACCAAAGAAGAGACUGUUUCAUCUGGUGCAAUUGAUAAACUGAAAACCCCCAAAGACUCUGAUAGUUAUGAUGUUCUUUGUUCAUGUAUGUCAUGGAAGACACAAGAAGUUACACAGGAGCCAGAAACCACUUUAGCUAAUAAAGAUCAACGUUCUUUUUCAACUUCAUCUGAUACAAGUGAGGAGGAAUAUGUAACUCCUAAAGAAAGAGACAGUUUUGAUGCUUCUUGUUUAUAUGUGCAGUAUUGGAAACAGGAAGCUUUACAGCAGUCAGAAAAAUAUUUAACCAGUAAAGACCAUGAUUCUUGUUCAGAUUCAUCUGACACGAUUGAUAAAAAUAAAAUUUCUGAAGGAAUUGGCAAUUUCAGUGCCCCCCUUUCAUGUAUGCCAUGGAGCGAACAGGGAGCUUCACACCAUCCAGAAACAUGUGCAAUCAGUAAGGAUCAUGUUUAUUUUCCACCUGAAGUUGCUUCUCAUAAAAUGUCAUAUUCUUUCUUGCAUUGCUUGUUGGAAGGGAGAGGAAAAAGUGCUCCCUUUAUGUCUGAUAGUCAUUAUUUGGAGAGGGUUUAUUUAAGGGCUUCCACUGAGAAUGAGGUAAAACAAAAGAUGGUUUCUUUGGAGGGUUAUGAAAGAAAUGAAGAAGGUCUGGGGAAAGAAUUAUCUCAAAGUUUUGAACUAAAGGAAAAUAGCAAUACUGUAGUAUUUUUGAAGUUGUGUCCCAGUUCUUCAGAAGUACAGUAUAUUGAGAAUGUUGUAGUUCCUGAUAAUUCUGUAGAAGUUUCAGAAACACAUAUACUCUCCAGGGAACAUGAUAUCUCUAAGGUAGAGACUUCUGGUGGUCCUCUUCAGACUAUUACAUCCACCUUGGAUGAGACAUCAGAACAACUAUAUUUUCAAGAGGAAAGAAACCAAAAGGCAAGUGCUGCUUUUGGUGGGAAAAAUGUUAAUGCUACUGAAAAUGUAGCCUUUGAGGCAGUUAUUGCCUCUAUUGAACCUUCCAAGAAAGAGAAUACAGGAAAUGAAAUCCAAACUGACAUCACUAAAUCUUUAACAAAUUAUAGGCAAGAUAGUGAACCAAAAAAUUCAGAUCUUUUCUUAUUAAAUUAUAAUGAUGUCAACUCUUUCUUUGAUAAAUUUAGUCAUCCAUGCUGUCAGUCUACUCCUGGGGUGUUUGAACCAGCAGCUUCAAAACCAUUGUUGCAUAAAGAGGAUGAUGGUGUUAGCUCCCUGUACUGGCAUACUAAUGCAGAAUUACUCCCCAGUGCUCCUCAGGAAAUGUUCAUUAGGCCACUUUCUUCUGCUUCCUUAAGUGAAAACUCUCACAGCCAGGUUGUUGGUCUUUGCAAAACACAAAGCCCUCUAUUUCAGUGUGGUAUAGACAAUGAACCAUUUCUUCCCAUUGCAGAGAAGGCAGGAUCUUCAAACAUUAUUUACCCACUGAAAGUAUCGACUUCAGAUUCUUUGUUUUUGCAAGAUUUAAAGCAGCAAACCUUUGAAGAAGUUGCAGAUUCUUCAGACUAUAUUUUGGGUAAGAAUGUAAAUUCUAGUCAUGUCAUUGAAUGUCCAUCUGCAGCUAUAGGAAGCAGCUUUUCAGCAAACUUGGUGGCAUAUGAUGCAAAGUCACAAGGUGCUUUACCAAUGACCAGUGAUGCAUCAUUAAUUGCAGUUGGCCAAGAGACAUUGCUGAAAGCUGAUACAGGCCUAGGUGAAAUUCCUCGGCCUAUGGGAGCCAAGUCCACUUUUACAGUACAUACAAUUAUACAAAAUGACUCCUAUUUUGUAGAAGGCCUGAAAGGGAAGUCUGAGUCUGAGUCUGACAUCGGUACUCUGGGUGAUGAUACUGAAUGCUGUAGCCUAGAUGAAAAUGCUGUUGUAUGCAGUAAAAGAUCUACUGAGCUACAAAGAGAGAUGUGUGACCAAGGUGACUUGAGUGGUGAGUGCAUUGAGGUAGCACAUUUAGAAAAUAUGCUUGAUGAUCUAGAGAUUUGUGACAGCUCCUUGCCCUGGCAAUCUGCUUUACAACCACCCAAGGAAGAGAGCAGUUUUGAAGAGCCUGUAGGCCAUUCUAAUAUGGAUAUUGAUCAGUCUUUUGCAUCUGUAUUGCCUUCAUUUGUUCCUCAGGAGCCAAUCGGAGAGUUGGAGUAUCAGUCUUCAGAUCUCAGAAUGUUGAGGGUGUCUCCUGAGAUUGUACGGAAGACUCUCAAACAUUUAUCAGGAGAUAUUUCUGAAGGAAGCAUAACUGAAAUUACUCUAUCCAACUCGAAGGCAGGCAUCACUACCACUUCUGGAGAUUCAGAUAUUGGAUCUUAUUUGCCCUUGACCCCUGAGGACUCUCCUCAGUUUGUUGUAAGAUCUUCUGUGGAAAAUACUCUUCAUCUACAUACUGACAGUCUUAACAAACAGAUAUUGGCAGAUGGCCAUGUAACUGAAGAGGCACUAAAAGUUUUAGCUGUUCCUGAAUUAUCUGACCAGAAGGCUGGGAUAUCAACACUACCCUCUAGUUCCUAUUCAUUAAGAGAGAAGCCCAGUAUUUUCUACCCACAGCCCUUGAGAGACAAUCAGACUGAAGGGACUCUAACAGUUUCAGGUGUUCCUGGACCUACUGACCAGAAGACCAGCCCAUCUACAAUACCUCCAAGUUCCUACUUAGUUGGAGAGAAGCACAGUAUCUUCUCCCAACAGGCAUUGCCAGAUAAUGAUCAAACUGAAGAGGCUCCAAAAGUAUCAGCUGUUCUUGGUCCUGCUGACCAGAAGAGUGAGAAAACAACAUUGCCUUCUAGUUCCUUUUCACACAGAGAGAAGCACAUUGUUUUCUCUCAGCAACAACUCCCAGACAGUCAUCUAACUGAACAGGCUCAGAAAGUUUCAGCCACUGCCGGACCAGCUGAUCAAGUGACUAUGAUACCAACAGUAUCAUCUACUUUAUACUCACAUGCAGAGAAGCCCCAUAUUUUCUUUCGAGAGACAUUGCCGGAGAGUCAUCUACCUGAACAGUCUCAACAAGAUGCAGCUGUUUCUAUAUUCACUGACCAGAAGACUGGGAUACCAACAGGAACCUCUACUUCUUUCUCACGUGGAGAGACACCCCUUACUUUCCAGCAACAGACAUUGCCAGGAAGUCAUCUACCUGAACAGGCUCAGAAAGUUUCAGCUGCUCCUGGAUCCACUGAGCAGAAAACAGGAAUACCAACAGUGUCCUCUACUUAUUCACAUAGAGAGAACCCCAGUCUUUUGUACCAGCAAAAGUUGCUGGAGAGUCAUAUACGUGAACUGUCUCAGCAAGCUGCAGCUGUUUCUGGGUUUGCUGACCAGAAGACUGGGAUACCAACAGGAACCUCUACUUCUUACUCACAAGGAGAGACACCCCUUACUUUCCAGCAACAGACAUUGCCAGGAAGUCAUCUACCUGAACAGGCUCAGAAAGUUUCAGCUGCUCCUGGAUCCACUGAGCAGAAAACAGGAAUACCAACAGUAUCCUCUACUUUUUAUUCACAUAGAGAGAACCCCAGUCUUUUGUACCAGCAAAAGUUGCCAGAAACUCAUGUACGUGAACUGUCUGAGCAAGCUGCAGCCGUUUCUGGGUUUGCUGACCAGAAGACUGGGAUACCAACAGGAACCUCUACUUCUUUCUCACGUGGAGAGACACCCCUUACUUUCCAGCAACAGACAUUGCCAGGAAGUCAUCUACCUGAACAGGCUCAGAAAGUUUCAGCUGCUCCUGGAUCCACUGAGCAGAAAACAGGAAUACCAACAGUGUCCUCUACUUAUUCACAUAGAGAGAACCCCAGUGUUUUCUACCAGCAAAAGUUGCCAGAAACUCAUGUACGUGAACUGUCUCAGCAAGCUGCAGCCGUUUCUGGGUUUGCUGACCAGAAGACUGGGAUACCAACAGGAACCUCUACUUCUUACUCACAUGGAGAGAAGGCCACUAUUUUCUACCAGCAAGAGCUGAGAGACAGUCAUCUACCUGAACAGUCUCAGCAAGCUGCAGCCGUUUCUGGGUUUGCUGACCAGAAGACUGGGAUACCAACAGGAACCUCUACUUCUUACUCACAUGGAGAGAAGGCCACUAUUUUCUACCAGCAAGAGCUGAGAGACAGUCAUCUACCUGAACAGUCUCAGCAAGCUGCAGCCGUUUCUGGGUUUGUUGACCAGAAGACUGAGAUACCAACUGGAACCUCUACUUCUUUCUCACGUGGAGAGACACCCCUUAUUUUCCAGCAACAGGCAUUGCCAGGAAGUCAUCUACCUGAACAGGCUCUGAAAAUUUCAGCUGCUCCUGGAUCCACUGAGCAGAAAACAGGAAUACCAACAGUGUCCUCUACUUAUUCACAUAGAGAGAACCCCAGUCUUUUCUACCAGCAAAAGUUGCCAGAGAGUCAUCUACCUGAACAGCCUCAGCAAGCUGCAGCUGUUUCUGGAUUUGCUGACCAGAAGACUGGGAUACCAACAGGAACCUCUACUUCUUUCUCACGUGGAGAGACACCCCUUACUUUCCAGCAACAGACAUUGCCAGGAAGUCAUCUACCUGAACAGGCUCAGAAAGUUUCAGCUGCUCCUGGAUCCACUGAGCAGAAAACAGGAAUACCAACAGUGUCCUCUACUUAUUCACAUAGAGAGAACCCCAGUGUUUUCUACCAGCAAAAGUUGCCAGAAACUCAUGUACGUGAACUGUCUCAGCAAGCUGCAGCUGUUUCUGGAUUUGCUGACCAGAAGACUGGGAUACCAACAGGAACUUCUACUUCUUACUCACAUGGAGAGAAGGCCACUAUUUUCUACCAGCAAGAGCUGAGAGACAGUCAUCUACCUGAACAGUCUCAGCACGCUGCAGCUGUUUCUGUAUUCACUGACCAGAAGACUGAGAUACCAACAGGAACUUCUACUUCUUACUCACAUGGAGAGAUACCCCAUAUUUUCUAUCAACAGACAUUGCCAGGAAAUCAUCUCACUGAACAAGCUCUGAAAGUUUCAGCUCCUCCUGGACUUGAUGACCAAAGGAGUGGAAUAUCAACAGUAUCCUCUACUUCUUACUCACAUACAGAGAAGCCCCAUAUUAUCUACCAACAGGAGUUGCCAAUUAGUCAUUUAACUAAGGAGGUUCAGAAAGUUCCAGCUGUCCCUGGACCAGCUCAACAGAAGACUGGGAUACCAGUAAUACCCCCUACUUCCUACUUACAUAGAGGGAAGACCGUUUUUUUCUCUCAGCAAGAGUUUCCAGAUAGUCAUCUAAGCAAAGAGGCUCUAAAAGUCUCAUCUGUUCAGGGACCAGCUGAGCAGAACACUGGGAUACCAUCAGGAGCCUCCGGGUCCUACUCAUUUGAAGAGAAGUCCAGUGUUUUUUAUAAGCAGACAUUACCAGAUAGUCAUCUGACUGAAGAGUCUCUGAAAGUUUCAUCUCUUCUUGGUGACCAGAAGACUGGUGUACUAACAGUACCCUCUAGUUCCAACUCACAUAGAGAGAAGCCCAGUAUUUCCUACCAACAGGAGUUGCCAGACAGUCAUUUAACUGAACAGGCUCAGAAAGUUUCAGCUGUUCCUGGCCCAACUGAACAGAAGACUGGGACACCAACAAUAACCUCUACUCCUUACUCUCAUAGAGAGACGCCCUUUAUUUUCAACACACAGGGCUUGCCAGACAGUCAUCUACCUGAAGAGGCUCUGAAAGUUACAGCUGUUCCUGAACUAGCUGACCAGAAGGCUGGGUUGCCAUCAGAACCUUCUGGUUCCCACUCACAUAGAGAGAAGCCCAUUAUUUUUUAUCCACAGGGUUUACCAGACAGUCAUCCCACUGAAGAUGCUCUGAAAGUUCCCACCAUUUCUGGGCCAGCUGACCAGAAGACUGGGAUACCAACAGUACCCUCUGCUUCCUAUCCACGUGGAGAGAAGUAUAUUUUUAUCUCGCCACAGGCCUUCCCAGACAGUCAUCUACGUGAAGAGGCUCUAAAAGUUUCAGCUGUUUCUAGACCAGCUGACCAGAAGAUUGGGUUGCCAUCAGAACCUUCUGGUUCCUACUCACAUGGAGAAAAGCCCAUUAUUUUCUACCCACAGGGCUUGACAGAGAAUCAUUUACCUGAAGAAGCUCCAAAAGUUAUAGCUGUUCCUGAACCAGCUGACCAGAAGAUUGGGAUACCAUCAGAACCUUCUGGUUCCUACUCACAUAGGGAAAAGCCCAUUAUUUUCUACCCACAGGGCUUGACAGAAAGUCAUUUACCUGAAGAAGCUCUGAAAGUUUCUGGUGUUCCUGGAACAGGUGAUCAGAAGACUGGGAUACCAACAGUACCUACAAGUGCCUACUCAGUUGGAGGGAAGUCCAUUAAUUUUUACCAACAGGCCUUACCAGAUAGACGUAUCACAGAAGAGGCUCUGAAUGUUUCAGCUUCUCCUGAACCAGCUGAACAGAAGACUGGGUUACCUACAGUAUCUUCUCCUUCCUACUCUCAAAGACAGAAGUCCUUUAUUUUCUACCCACAGGCCUUGCCAGAUAGUCAGCUAACUGAAGAGGCUUUGAAAAUUUCUGCUGUUCCUCUACCAGGUGACCAGAAUACCAGAAAACCAACAGCAAUUUCUAAUUCUUACUCACAUAGAGAAGGGCCUAUUAUUUCUUACCAGCUGGAGUUGCCAGGUAGUCAUCUAACUGAAGAGGCUCUGAAAGGUUCAGGUGUUCCUGGAACAGCUGACCAGAAGACUGGGAUACCUGCAGUACCAUCUAAUUCCUAUUCAUAUAGAGAGAAGCCCAUCAUUUCUUACAAGCAAGAUCUUACUCAAGAGGUUUUAAAAGUUUUAGGGGGUUCCAGACCAGCUGGCCAGAAAACUGGGAUACCAGUAGUAACCUCUACUUCUUACUCUCAUGAAGAGAAGCCCAUCAUUUCUUAUCAGCAAGAGUUGCCAGAUCAUAAUGAAGAUGCUUUAAAAAUUUUAGUAGUUCCUGGACCAGCUGACCAGAAGACUGAUAUACGAAUUGUUCCCUCUUCUUCCUAUUCACAUAGAGAGGUCCCCAUCUCUUCUUACCAGAAGGAGUUUCCAGAUAUUACUGAAGAAACUUUGGAAGUUUCAACUGUUGCUGGACCAACUGAACAGAAGACUGGAAUACGAAUAAUCCCCUCAGGUUCCUACUCAUACAGAGAAAAGGGCGGUACUUUUUACCAGCAUGAGUUGCCAGAUACUACUGAAGAAGCUUUAAAAGUUUUUGUUCUUCCUGUACCAGCUGGCCAAAAGACUGAGAUAUCAGCAGGACCUUCUAGUUCUUACUCCCUUGAAGAGAAACCCAAGAUUUCAACUGUAGUUUUACCAGAUGACCAGAAGACUGAGUUAUCAACAGCUUCCUCUACUUCCUACUCACAUAGAGAGAAGCCCAAGAAUUUAACUGUGAUUGGACCAGACGACCAGAAGACUCCGUUACUGACAGUUUUUCGUAAUUCUUAUUCUCAGAGAGUGAAGCCUAGUAUUUUCUUUAAACAGCAUUUGCCAGGUGGGCAUCAUAGUGAAGAUAUCGUGAAGGCUUCAUCUGUCCCUGAACCAACUGACGUGAAUUCUGAGAUACCUAUUUCUAGUUCCUAUUCAAACAGAGAGAAAUCUAAUAUUUUAUCUGCACAGGAAUUGCCAGAGAAACAUCUAACUGAAGAUGUACUGAAGGUAUCCACAGUUCUAGAACCAGAUAACCAGAAAACUGUGUUACCAACAGCUCCUCCUCGUUUUUUUCCACACAGAGAAAAAACAAAUAUAUUCUAUCAACAGGAUUUGCCAGAUAGACAUCUAACUGAAGAUUCUCCAAAGUUCUCAAGUGGUCUUGGGCAAGCUGAUGAGAAUACUGGGUUAUCAACAGGUCACUCUGGUACUUAUUCACAUAGUGAGAAGCACAAACUUGUUUCAGACCAUGUCCAAAGGCUAAUAGAUAAUUUGGAUUCUUCUAACUCUAGUAUUAUCUCAAACAAUAUGCCUUUAAAUUCUCAAGGUGAUUAUAGAGUUGUAGUAAAUAAGACAGAACCUUCAGGUUUUGAAGAUGUUGGCUCUGAGGAAAUCCAAUAUACAGAUAAUAGUUCUAAAACUCUUAAACAGAUUCAGACACUUUUAAUGGAGGCAGAAAAUAUAGCACUGAAACGAUGUAAUUUUCCUGCUCCCCUUGUACCUUUCAGAGAUGUUAGUGAUAUUUCAUUUAUUCAAUCUAAGAAGGUUGUUUGCUUCAAAGAACCCUGUACACCUGAUGAAUCCAAUGAUGAUUUGCCUCUGAGAAAGCCAUUCACAGAGGAAAACCCAAGCAGCAAGUACAUACAGAAGGAUAUUAACACAGAGGCGAAUCUGAAAUGCCAGAGAGGCAUUGAAAAUUGGGAGUUUAUUAGUUCAACUACAGUUAGAAGUCCUAUACAAGAAGCAGAGAGCAAAGCUAGAGUGGCAUUAGAUGAAACCCUUAGGCAAUAUAAAGCAGCCAGAUCUGUAAUGAGAUCUGAACCUGAAGGGUGUAGUGGAACCUUUGGAAAUAAAAUUCUUAUCCCUAUGAUGACUAUCAUAAAAAGUGAUUCAAGUAGUGAUGCAAGUUCCUGCUCAUGGGACAGUAAUUCCUUAGAGUCAGUUUCUGAUGUUCUACUAAACUUAUUUCCAUAUGCUUCACAGAAGACAAGCAUGACAGAUAGCAGAGAGGAAGAGUGUGUGUCCGAGAGUGAUGAUGGGGGUGGUAGUAGUGUAGAUUCACUGGCUGCACAUGUGAAAAACCUUCUGAAAUGUGAAUCCUCAUUGAAUCAUGCUAAACAAAUACUCAGAAAUGCAGAGGAAGAGGAAUGCCGGGUACGCGCACGAGCCUGGAAUCUGAAGUUUAAUAUGGCUCACGAGUGUGGCUACUCCAUUUCCGAAUUAAAUGAAGAUGACAGGAGAAAAGUAGAAGAGAUCAAAGCAAAGUUGUUUGGCCAAGAUGACUUAUCCAAGGGGUUGCAGAGUCCACGGGGAAUAGGAUGCAAGCCAGAAGCUCUGUGUAGUCAUGUUAUUAUUGAGAGCCAUGAAAAAGGAUGUUUCAGGACUCUCUCUUCCAAACAACCACAGCUGGACAGCCAUCCCUGUCUCUUCAGAUCAGCUGAACCCUUAGAAAUUAUCAGAAGACAACGGAGCCCAUUAUCAUGGAGACCCAGACACAUCAACCUUUCCAAAUCACUAGACCAGAGCAACCCCCACUUCAAAGUUUGGAAUUCCUUGCCAUUACAAAAUCAUUCCCCAUUUCAAAACUUUACAGGUGAUGACUUCAGAAUUACCAAGGAUUUUCGAACGCCAUUCCGUGAAAAGAUGGACCCUUGGCUGUCAGAAUUAGUAGAACCUAAUUGUUUGCCACCUGAAGAAACGGAUUGUCAUUCUUCAUCACAAAUGCUGCCCCCAGAAUCCAUGAAAAAGUUUACCUCCAUCACUUUUUCAUCUCACCGACAUUCUAAAUGCUUUUCAGAUUCCUCUGUUCUUAAGGUUGGUGUUACUGAAGAUAGCCAGUGUUCUGGAGCAUCUGUAGGGGUAUUUAAUUCUCAUUCCACUGAAGAGCAGAGUCCUCCUAGAGAUCUAAAACAGAAAACUUCUUCCCCAUCAUCAUUUAAAAUCAUUAGUCAUUCACCAGAUAAAGCUGUGACUAUUUUAGCAGAGAGUAGUAGCCAAGGCCAAAAAUUAUCUGUUGAACAUUCCCACCAAGAAGAGAAACUUUUAGAAAAACCAGAUAUUAAAGGCAGUCAUUCUGAGCCCAGUACCAAUACAAAUUGUAGCAAAUUCAAAGAAGUUCAUUUCUCUGAUAACCAUACUCUCAUUAGCAUGGGCAGACCAAGUUCCACACUAGGAGUAGAAGAGAAGAAUGUAACUUUAACUCCAAAUCCUCCUUCACAUAUAUUUCUCGAACAACAAGAGCUCUUUGAACAAAGCAAAGCCCCACAUUCAGAUCACUAUGUUAGAAAACACCAUUCUCCUCCUUCUCAACAUCAGCAUUAUGUGAUUCCAAACCUUCCUUGUCACAUUUUUCUUGAAAACCGAGAACUCUUGGAACAAAGCAAAACCCCACAUGUAGAUCAUCAGAUGAGAGAACACCACUCUCCCCUUCCUCAAGGUGAGGAUUAUAUAGCUUCAGACCUUCCUUCUUCCAUUUUUCUUGAACAACGUCAGCUCUUUGAACAAAGCAAAGCCCCAGAUAUAGAUCACCACAUUAAAAAACAAUAUUCCCCUCUUCCUCAAGGUCAGGAUUUUGUAGUAGAAAACAGUGGUCAACAUAAGCCUAAAUCACACAUUUCUAACAUAAAUGUUGACACUAAGGUCAAUAAUGUGGCCUCCCAAUCAGCCCCAAAUCAACGUACAUUAGUAGUAUCUCCUGCAUCUACUCCACCUUCAAACAGAAAAGCAAUUUCUUAUGUGCAUAUAACUAUUUCCCCCAAGACUUCUUCCAACUUGGAUAACAGAGCCUUAGAUAAAAGAUUUCUUUCAUUGGAUCCUGCUUCUAAAACAAAGAUGAAUAGUGAGUUUAAUCCUGACCUACAAACUAUAUCUUCAAGAUCAUUGGGACCAACCUCCAAAUUACUAAUCAGUAAACCUGUAGCACAUGAUCAAGAAUCUUUAGGUUUUCUAGGACCUAAAUCUUCACCGGACUUUCAAGUCAAACAGUCUCUUCGAGAUGGUAAUACUGGCACUAAAGACUUGAAAACCAGACCUUUUCAAAAUAGCCAGAUAGUAACAUCAAAGCAAACACAAGUGAACUUUUCAGAUUUGGAAGAAUAUUCCAAUCCAGAAGGGACUUCAAUAUCUGCAGAUCGAUCACUGGAGAUUAAACCCGCAUUUUCUGCCUUCUCUGGAAAAUUAUCAUCUGAUGCAGUCACUCAGAUUACAACAGAAAGUCCAGGAAAAGCUAUAUUUUCAUCUGAGAUUUUUAUUAAUAGUGAAGAUCGCGGACAUGAAAUUUCAAAGCCCAGUUCCCAGAAGGUGGGCAAAGUUCCUGUCAGGUUUGCUUCAUCAUCUUCAGUCCCACAGGUUACUAUUCCUGAUGGCACAAAUGGAGCCCAGCCUUCACUGUUGCCAUAUAAACCUCCUGGCAGUGUGAAGAUGUACUAUGUUCCACAAUUAGGUCAGAUUCCUUCAUCUCUGGAUUCCAAGUCAGACACCACCAUUGAGAGCUCACACUCAGGAUCCAAUGAUGCCAUUGCUCCACACUUCCCAGCUCAGGUGCUAGGCACCAGAGAUGAUGACAUAGCACUUCCUGUUAAUAUUAAACAUAAAGAGGGGAUCUACAGUAAGAGGGCAGCAGCCAAGACAUCCUCAUUGGCGGGGCAAAAACCUUUUCAGAAAGAUAGUGCAGAUGCCCAAGUUCAAGUUCUUAUCAGUGAAGAUGAGAACCUCUCAGACAAAAACAAGAAAAAGAGGAUCUACAAUAAAAAGGCAGUGACUAAGCCUGCCCAAUCUGAAGAAAUAGACUUCUUGCAGGAAGACACUGCAGAUUCCAGUGAUGCUGUUGCCGCAAAGCUCUCAGCUCAACUACAAGACACAAAGAUUGAAAGGCUGCCAGACACUAAAGCCAUUAAACAGAAAGAGGAGAUUCAUAGUAAGAGGACAUUUCCUAAGGAAGCCUGGACAGAAGAUAAAGAAUCCUUGCAGAUAAAUAUUGAAGAGUCCAGAUGUCAUUCAGAAUUUGAAAAUACUACCCAUUCUGUGUUCAGGUCAGCCAAGUUUUACUUUCAUCAUCCAGUGCACCUGCCAAGUGAUCAAGACUUUUGCCAUGAAUCUUUAGGGAAAAGUGUUUUCAUGAGGCAAUCUUGGAAAGAUUUCUUUCACCAUCAUCCAGACAAACAACAUACUUGUCUACCUCCCCCUUCUCAAAAUGAGGAAAAGACAAAGACCAAUUAUACCAGAAUAGAGAGUGUCAGUAUCGAUGUAAAUUUGGAAAACAAAGAAGUGAUGCAUCCUACUAAAAGUCAGGCUAGAGAUUCUGCAAAGUGUGACAAACAAAUUAAUGAUCAAAAAAAGGAUCUUCAAGUCACCCCAGAGCCCACAGCUCAGCACAUUACAAGUUUGAAUGAACUCUGGAACAAGUAUCAGGAGCGACAGAAGCAGCAGAAACCUCCAGGGUUCAGUGAUAGGAAAGAAGUAUCCUUAGUGGAGCGACUUGAUCGUUUGGCUAAACUUCUUCAGCAUCCCAUCACGCAUUCUCUUCGGCCCUUCGACAGCACACAGGAUGAUAGCAGAGAGCAACAAGAUGCUAAAGAAUGCAGGGGUAGACAGCAACAACAGAAAAACAAGCUUCAGAAAAAGAAACGGUAUAAAAGCUUGGAGAAAUGCUAUAAAAACAUAGGAGAUAUUAAAAAAAGCAAGGUGCUCUCUACUCAUGAAGCUGGAGGUUCCAAUCAGAUUAAAAUUGAACAGGUUAAAUUUGAUAAAUAUAUUCUGAGAAGACAGCCAGAUUUUCAUUAUAUGAACAGCACUUCUUCAGAUUCUAGACCGUCAGAGGACAGUGAGCUGCUCACAGAUACUGCCACCAACAUCCUUUCCACCACCACCUCUCCUGUGGAAUCAGAUAUAUUGACCCAAACAGAUAAAGAAAUGAUUUUGCAUGAGAGGAGCAGCUCUACUUCCACCAUUGACACUGCCCGAUUGAUCCAGGCUUUUGGCCAUGAGAGAGUUUGUUUGUCACCCAGGCGAAUUAAAUUAUAUAGCAGCAUUACUGACCAUCAGAGGAGAUACAUUGAGAAGCGGAGCAAGAACAAGAAGAAAGCAUUGAGUACAAGUUAUCCCCAAAUGACUUCUGAACACACCAGAAGGAAACGCAUCCAGGUGACAAACCAUCCGAUUUCUUCUGACUCUAUUUCAUCUUCUGGUAGUUUCUGGAGCUCAAACUCUACCCUUUGCAACAAGCAAAAUGUACAUAUGUUAAAUAAGGGAGUGCAAGCAGGUAACUUGGAGAUUGUGAAUGGUGUCAGAAAACACACUCGAGAUGUUGGGGUGAUUUUCCCAACGCCAAGUUCUAGCAAGGUUAGAGUGGAAGAGGACAGUGAUGUGACUACUUGGUCAGAAGGAAAAAUAGAAGAAAAAAGGCUCAUUACCAGUUAUCUUGGGGACAAAAAGUUAAGGAAGAACAAGCAGAGUUGCUCUGAAGGAGUUUCAUGGUUUGUUCCUGUGGAAAAUGUGAAGUGUGGUCCUAAGAAGGAAAAUCUGCUCAAGCAUUGUGGCCCCGGUAUCUCCUGGUUUGCACCAAUAACCAACAUCAAACCCUGGAGGGAACCACUCCGGGAACAAAACUGGCAGGGUCAGCACACAGACAGCCAUGGGUCACUAGCAGGCCCAGGCAGAGGUCCUCUGAAGCCAUUUGUGAGAGCAACUUUACAGGAAUCACUUCAACUUCACAGGCCUGACUUCAUCUCCCGCUCUGGGGAGCGAAUAAAACGCCUGAAGUUAAUAGUCCAGGAAAGGAAGUUGCAGAACAUGUUUCAGAGUGAGCGGGAGGCACUGUUCAACACUGUGAGAGAAUGGCAGGGCCACCGGGACCCCAUGCGCCCGCUCCCUAAGAGAGGUUUCCUGGCUGCCCAGAAGGGCAGGCCCAUUGGAAAGAAGGAAAUGAUUCAGAGGUCUAAACGGAUUUAUGAGCAGCUCCCAGAAGUACAGAAAAAGAGAGAAGAGGAAAAGAGGAGACUGGAACAUAAGUCAUACCGGUUGCGAGCCCAGCUGUAUAAAAAGAAAGUGACCAACCGACUCUUGGGAAGGAAAGUUCCCUGGGACUGACAUAAAAUUAUUUUCUUCAGAGCCUUGGAAUUUUAUUUUAUCAACCCGAAGAAGCACAUUCCUUAGUUUUUAUGAGUCUGGUGUAAUAAAACUAACUCCUUAUCCAUGUGUAAUUGAGAAGCAGUGACCUUUCAGUCUGCGGCGGAGUGGUGAUUAUUAAUGGUUGGGAGCAACACUCUCUCUACAGUGGCCUUGUCCACAGGGAUGUUUGCUAUAACCAUAUUAUCUCUUAAUUUCAGCCAAGAAAUAGUCCCUUUUUGUAUGUGCUUUUGUACUUUUAGAAAAUAAAUACCUUCUUAUUUGCUCAU